UCAAAAAUAUAAUUUCAGCCGAAACUCUCGAAUCUGUUUAUGCAUUAUAAGUUGUUAUCCUACUCAGGAUAAAAUUGGUUUCAAGAUAUAAGAAUUGGUUUUAAGAGAAGAAAGUUUGAAAGUAUUUCGUAGUGUGCGUAAGGCGUAAGCCAGAAGAAGCGGUUCAGCGAAGAUGAGUGCCGCUGUGACCGGUCGCCGCAUAAGCUCCGAACAGUUAAAUAUAUUAUUAUCAUUUAUGGAAGAGCACCGCGAUUUUGCUGCCGGGAAACAGUCGAUAUAUUCUAGGUACAGCGCCAGUAAGCUGUGGCGUCUGCUCGCCGAGAGACUGAACGCCGCGGCCGUCGACUCUGGUGGCGUGCGAAAAUCUCCCGACAAGUGGUGUAGAUAUUGGGCGGACAUCAAGUACAAGGCACGGAAGAAGGCUGCAGCCAAUGGAAGUAUGGGUGAAACGUCCACUGUCGAGGAAAGGGUACAAAAUAUACUGGAUACUAAGCCAAAAUCAUGCUGCGGAGGAUGUACUCAGGUAGAGGAGGAGGGCAAGAGCAGUACAUUGGAGGAUGACAUGGUCUCGGAGGCCGAGGGCGGGGACGCGGGGAACGCGCGACUGUCCACGGAGGAGGUGCUGGCGGAGGCGGCCAUGCGGAGCGCUCUAGCGGCGGAGCGGCAGGCCGAGACCGUCGUGCGCGGCGUGACGCUGCUGCGCGAGCUCACCGACCUGCUGCGCGCCGCUUUGCCGCCCCCCGCGCCGCCGCCCGCCGCCCUCGACCCGACGCUGGCGCUGCACCACCACCAUCACCGCAUGUGACCGUCCACUGACUGACUAGCUAUUAUUUACUUACGAGUAAAUAAAUAAAAU